AUGUUGCGCAAUAAAUUUGGAACAAACAAUGAUAAAAAUAAUAAAUUUUUUUCAUUAAGACAAAGAUUUUCUUAUAACACUUCUAAACCUUUAACACAAGAUUCUUCAGAAAGUUCUACGAUACAGUUAGACCCUUCUGUAUAUUCUUCAGAUGAACCAAUGGAGUAUUAUGAAGAAUCUAAUGAAUAUUCUUUUGAAGAAGACAAUAAUAAAUCUGCUAUAUAUUCUUCUGAAGAAUUAGAUAAAGAUAUAAAUUCUUGUGAAGAAUUUAUUUCUGAAACUUCUAGCAAUAGCAUUAAUUCUUGCGAUGAAUUAAGCAAUGAGUUAAGUGAUGAAUUAAGCAGUGAUAGUUUAUUGACAUCAGUUGAAGACAAAUUUUUUGAAGAUAUUGCUGACAAAGCUUUAGAUUCGAAUAAAUUAUCACAAAAUAUUGGUGAGUUUUCACCAUAUUUUAAAAAUACAACUACUGCAUUAAUGUUUAGUUGGAUACAAAAGAAUAGUAUUG